GCCCGUUUCAGGGGAGCCUCGCGGCCUCGAGAGAAUCAACACAAAAAUUCAUACACUUCUCCAACGGUGGCCGGUUCUUGCCCUUUAUACGCUGGCAUAUUCGUCUAUUGUCAGAGACAGAUUAUGACAAGACGAUGAUUCAUUCCGGAAACUCCCUACCUGACCCGAAAAGACAGGGGGACUGUCACAUCCGAUUCCCGUCGUAAGCUGCAAAGACAUCACAUUCAGGGCAACACGAAAAUGGCACGGAGAGCGCUAGCCCCAGUUCUAUGCUUGCUCGGUCUCGUCCUCACGACGGCUCUUCUGUGGUUGGGCUUCGUUGCUCAUAGUCCGCUUCAAAAUGUGCAUUUGCUUGCUGGCAAUGUGCAGGGACAAACCGAGCAAAGCCAGCACAGUGGCGAGGCCGCUUUGCAGGGCGACUACUUGCUAGGGGUCGGAAAGGCUGAUAUUACUGGGCCGGUCGUCGAGAUCAACUUGAUGGGCUACGCUGACACAGACCAAGUGGGAAGUGGUGUCCGUCAACGGAUCUAUUGCCGGGCAUUCAUUGUGGGCAGCCUUUCGAGAAGUUCCUCGCGGAUCGUCUACCUUGUCCUAGAUACCCAGUCUGGCGACACUGCUAUUCGUCAUGGCAUCUUGCAGAGGCUUAAGGAGUUGGGCCCAGAAUAUGCAAUAUACAACAAGAACAAUGUCGCAGUUACCGGGACACACAGUCACAGCGGGCCCGGGGCUUGGUUGAACUACCUGUUGCCACAAAUCACGAGUCUGGGCUUCCACAGAGAGAGCUACGACGCAAUCGUCAGUGGCUCGGUGUUAGCCAUUCAACGUGCACAUGACAGCCUUACGCCCGGCCACCUCAAAUUUGGACAAUACCCCGUCGAAGGUGCGAAUAUAAACAGAAGCCCGUAUGCCUACCUCCAGAAUCCGCAGGAUGAACGCGACAAGUACACCGAUGACGUCGACAAGAGCAUAACACUGAUGAAAUUUGAGCGGGCGUCUGAUGGUCAAGCCUUGGGAGCGCUGACUUGGUUUCCAGUUCAUGGCACAUCUCUGUACCAAAACAACACACUUAUCGCCGGCGAUAACAAAGGUGUUGCAGCAUACCUUCUGGAAGAGCACAUGAAAGUCAAGAACCCAUCCUUCGUCGCUGGCUUCUCCCAGGCAAACGUUGGAGAUACUUCCCCCAAUACCCUCGGCGCAUUCUGCGAAGAUACAGGCCUUCCAUGCGCGUUUAAGGAUAGCACAUGCGGAGGUCGAACCCAGGGAUGCCACGGACGUGGACCGAUGUUUCAAACAGACGAUCAGGGGACCAGGUCGUGCUUCGAGAUUGGGAAACGUCAAAUGGCUGCAGCCAAAGUCCUCCUAGAAGACCACAACCUAGACCGGAUACCAGCAUCAACCGUAUCCUAUUUCCACACCUACGCCAACCUCUCGUCGUUCACCUUCACCUCAUUCUUCAACCAGUCCCGAACCCUGAAGACCUGCUCCGCCGCCUUGGGAUAUGGCUUCGCAGGUGGCACAACCGACGGGCCUGGCCGCUUCGAUUUCGCCCAGGGCACAAACGACACCAACGGCUCCCCUGCCUUGAAAAACCCGCUGUGGAGGGUCGCAAGAGGCGCGAUCCAUCCACCAACAGACGCCCAGAUCGCAUGCCAAAGUCCGAAACCCAUCCUCCUUGACGUGGGCGAAGCUGAUGAUCCCUACGCCUGGACGCCGAACAUUGUCGACAUCCAACUCCUCCGCAUCGGCGAUUUGAUCAUGAUCAUAUCGCCCGGAGAAGCGACCACCAUGGCCGGCCGCCGAUGGAAAUCGGCACUCACGGCUGCGGCUCCGUUGAUCCUGAACAUCUCUUCUCCGAGGCUCGUCCUCGGCGGACCCGCAAACACCUACGCGCACUACAUCUCCACCGAAGAGGAAUACGCCGUGCAGCGCUACGAAGGGGCAUCCACGCUCUACGGACCGUACACGCUGGAAGCGUACAUCAACCUCACAAUCACACACCUCCCCUAUUUGGGGACCGACGACGAAACAUCCCACCUUGACCGUCUCCCCGCCGGCCCCCAUCCACCGAUAAACGUGAACCGCUCGCUGUCCUUCAUUCGGCCAGUCGUCGUCGAUCACGCAGGGAUCCUGCGCAACUUCGGCGACACGCUCGCUUCCCCGAACCCGGCGAAGUCAUACCGUGGCGGGGACGUCGUCAGCGCGACGUUCGUGGGCGCGAACCCGCGCAACAAUUUCCGCCUCGAGAGCACCUUCGCCGCCGUGGAGAGGUUCGACGAGCGCCGCCGAGAGUGGGUCCAGGUCCGCUCCGACCGGGACUGGUUCCUGGUGUACCGGUGGAAGCGCACGUCCACGACGCUGGGCACCAGCGAGGUGAUCUUGGAGUGGGAGAUUGAACCGGGCACCCCGACGGGCAUGUACAGGUUCAAGUACUACGGCGACAGGAAGGCGUUGACUGGGCAGAUUGCCGAAUUCGAGGGCACGAGCCGCGUCUUCCACGUCGUAGGCGACGUAGACGCCUCGGAGAGCAACACGCCCUGGGACGAGCUUGUGCGUUCUUGAAAUGAAUCUGGAAACGAAAUUUGUAUGAUGAAUCAAGUCAAGCGGUUUUUUUUUGGG